AUGUAUACUACUGCACUUUACAUAUUAAAUCAAUUAUUAUGGCAUUUACCGAAUUAUUCUCGUCCAGAAUUUCGACAAUGUCAUGGUCAAUUAAAUCUUAUUUAUUUACUUGAAGAAAAUCGAUUGGAUGAUUCAAAUUGGCUGUUAAUUUGUUUAGAUACAUUACGUAUGGCAGUUUAUGAAAGUAGUGAAACAAAGCUUACACUUACAUCAACUAGCAUCUAUCAAAUUAUUGUACGUCUUUUGCGAACUUAUCCAACCAAUAUGAAAAUAUCAUAUAAUAUAGCGAGAUUAAUUAAAGUUUUAAGUGUAUGCAAUGAAAACAAGAUUAAACUAGUUGAAGCAGGCACUGUAGAAGCAUUAACUCCAUUAUUGAAUUGUACCAAUGAAGUAUUACAAUUAGAAACUCUAUGGGGUUUACGUAAUAUCAGUGAUCAAGCUUAUCAUUUAUUGGCUACAAAAAAUCUUAUUCCAAUAUUGAUUAGUUUAUUGGCUAGUAAAAAUGAACACAUUUCUAUUUGUUCUGCUGGAUGUCUAUGUAAUUUAACUUGUCAAAAUGUACAAAAUAAAAGUUUAUUAGUUGAAAAAGGUGGUGUAAAAGUUCUCUGUAGAUUAUUAUGCUUAAAUUCCGAUCGUCAAGAGAUUGCUGAACCUAUAUGUUCUGCUUUAAGGCAUGUAACACAUCGAAAUCCUCAUGCGAAUUCAGCAAUUUAUGAAAUACGUACUAGUGAUACUUUACCAGUUAUCGCGAAUUUAUUUUUAAAAUAUCAGUUUGUAUCCGCUUUACCUUUGUUAAAAUCUGUCGUUGGUCUUGUUCGAAAUUUAUCUACCGAUGAAUUGACACGUCAUGAAUUAAGAAGCUUCAACAUACCAGCAAUGAUAGCGAAUAUUUUCUUACAAACUAUGAAUUCAUUGAAUAAAAUCAAUAAAGAACAACAACUACAUCACUCUACUACUACUGCUAUUACUGCUGCUACUACUGCUACUGCUACUAAUCCUACUACUACUACAACGAAUAUACUUGACUAUGAUGCAAACAAUUUUCUUGAAGGUGUUAAUCUUGAUGAUAUGUUAGAAUUAACUUUAGCAUCAUUACAGAUAAUGGCUAAAGAUUCAGCAAUACAAGAAGAAUUAAUUCAUAUCGCUGGUUUAAUUCCAUCAGUUGUACGAACUGUUACUAAUAUUGGUUGGUUUGGAAGAUUCCAAACUACUGAAUAA